CUAAAAAGUGACAUAAAAUUUUAACCAGAUGAAAUCCAAAACAACUUCUGAUGUCGAGAACCCGACCCAAACCCCUCUUCUCGAUGCAGAUUAUGGUUAUGAGCCAUCUCUAGACGCGACUCUACCUUCCAAAGCUCAAGAAAAUGACCAACCACCAAGUAAGCCCGUUCUUCUUAUAAUAUCCGGGUUGUUGUCCAUUGGCUUGGUGGUGGCCUUGAUUAUUGGAAAUGUGCACAUUCCAACAAUUGAUAACAAUGUUCCACUGCCUGAAAGGAGGGAUCCAGUCGAACAAGGUGUUUCUGAUAAACGAUUCAGGUUACCAUCCGAUGCAAGCUCUUUUUCUUGGACCGAGGAUAUGUUAAGUUGGCAAGCACCGGCAUUCCAUUUCUAUCCUGGAAAGAAUUGGAUGAACGAUCCAAAUGGUCCAGUAUUUUAUAAGGGAUACUACCAUUUAUUUUAUCAAUAUAGUAAAGAGGCACCAGUAUGGGGUCUAAUUGUAUGGGGUCAUGCUGUAUCAAGAGACAUGGUUCGUUGGAGACACCUUCCAAUAGCAAUGGAGGCAGACAAAUGGUAUGAUGUAAAUGGUGUAUGGACCGGGUCAACAACCAUCCUUCCAAAUAAUAAACUUGUUGUACUUUACACCGGGUCAACUAAUGAAUCCAUUCAAGUCCAAAACUUGGCUUACCCUGCCAAUCCGUCUGACCCUCUGCUUGUGAACUGGAUCAAGGACCCUUCAAACCCGGUCCUGGUCCCACCAAAGGGUAUUGGUAAAAAGGACUUUCGUGAUCCAACCACGGCCUGGCUCACCCCUGAUGGAAAAUGGCGGACGGUGAUUGGGUCAAAAGUUAAUAAAACCGGAAUUGUGUUAGUAUAUGACACCAAAGACUUUCUAAGUUAUGAACUUAAAGACCAAUGGCUACAUGAGGUCAAAGGUACUGGAAUGUGGGAGUGUGUUGAUUUUUAUCCGGUUUCUAAGAAUGAGUUUGGGCUUGACACUGGUGCGUAUGGGCCUGAUGUCAAACAUGUGCUUAAAGCAAGCAUGGACGAUGAUAGAUGUGAUUAUUAUGCAAUUGGAAAUUAUAGCCAGGUGGCCGGGAAAUGGACCCCUGAUGAUCCCCAAAUCGAUGUUGGAUAUGGUUUACGAUAUGAUUAUGGGAUAUACUACGCAUCCAAAACAUUCUAUGACCAAAAUAAAAAGAGAAGGAUUUUGUGGAGUUGGAUCAAAGAGACAGACAGUGAAAAGUCAGAUAUCAAGAAGGGUUGGGCUUCUCUUAUGGCUGUUCCAAGAACGGUUGCACUUGAUCCAGCUACGGGUAGCAAUUUGCUUCAAUGGCCAAUUGAAGAGUUGGAUAAACUUAGGUCAAAUCUUAAAGAGUUCAAAGAUGUUCAACUUGAACCUGGCUCACUUGUGCCACUCAACGUGCGAGCGGCAUCUCAGUUGGAUAUAAUGGUCGAGUUUGAGUUGGAUAAGAAGGUUUCUAGUAGUUUACGCGUAGGAGCUGGUACUGUGCCAUAUAACUGUGGCGGACAUGGUGGAGCUGGCGUGAGAGAUGCAUUAGGGCCGUUUGGUUUAUUAGUUCUUGCAAACAAGAACUUAACUGAACACACGCCUGCUUACUUUUACAUUGCCAAAGGCGUCCAUGGGGAUCUCAAUACAUUGUUUUGCAUUGAUCAAUCAAGGUCUUCCAUUGCAAAAGAUGUGGAUAAGUCUAUUUAUGGUAGCACAGUCCCAGUCCUUGAAGGAGAAAAACUCAAAAUGAGAAUAUUGGUGGAUCGGUCGAUAGUUGAAGGCUAUGCACAAGGAGGAAGAACAUGCAUUACUUCGCGUGUUUAUCCAACAGAAGCAAUAAACGACGAUGCUCAACUAUACUUAUUCAACAAUGCCACUAAUGUUAAUGUGACAGCUUCUCUCAAGAUAUGGCAAAUGGGUAUUAGCUCACCAAACGAAAGUGGGUGGGUUUGGCUUGGCCCGUCGUUGAUCUUACUUGUUGUCUUUUGGUUCGUGGUAUGGACAUGGCAAAAUCAAAGAAGAAACCGGUCCUAGAAAUGAAAAGACC